AUGCCCUACUACGUCCGGUCUAAUGUAUUCGUUCCUCCUGUUCUGUAUCCGCAUGCCGGCACAGUAUGGACGAUCAGGCAACACCACAACGUUGCCUGGUCAUACAGAGACCUCUCCAAUGCUCCGGUGAACAUCACCAACCGGUACGGCCGUAUCGUGCUUCGAAAGGGCACCCACGAUGUCCCCAUUUUAAUUCUUGCGGAGGGGUUCGAUAUUCUACUCGGUCGGGUCGAGGUAACGGUACCUUGGGUCAUUCAAGGAGACGACUAUUCUCUGAUCCUCUGGGGCGACUCGGGAAAUUAUAGCCAGAAUUUCACGAUCACCGGGGCAGACAUGUAA